AUAUAAUGAAAAUAAAAACAGUAAAAUCAAAACUCCCCAAGUUUUGUGAUGGCUGUAAUCCAUUUUUGUUCAUUCAUUGACCCCGUUGACCAAAACAGUACCUAAUAGGGGCUCUGGUUCAAGACAAUUCAGGAUAAAAUAGGAACCAAACAAUACCCUAUUAAAACAAGAUGAUAAUUUCAUAACAUAAUUAUCAAUACACUUGGCUAAUGCUGGUACUACACUCACAGAGUCCAUUGAUUUUAAUUGCACCAUCAUUAUAGAAACAAAAAUGGAUUCAAUUAAUAUAGUCUGUCCAGUGUGUACUCUGUAUUUAAGACCAGGCAUAACUUUGAAACAGCAUUUGACAUCUCAUCCCAAGCAAAAAGUCAUAGAAGCUUUAGUAAAGUUGUCAGGCACAGAAGAUGAGCCUAAAGUACAGCAAAAUACCACAUCUGUACCUAUUACACCACAGGUACAACCUGCAGGAACCAGCCAGGUAAAUUCAACUAUAGUGAACCAAUCAUGGAAUCAGCCAGCACCUGUUCAAGUGGGGUCUCCUUCUAAUGCAAACCCAUUACAUGGAAACCAUGUUUUUAUUUAUCAACAAAGUAUGAGUACUACUUCCCCCCAACCAAAUGUCUUACAAGUAAAUCAUCCAUUAUCUCAACAAUAUGUUUACCACCCAGCCAUUUUCAAUCCUCAAAUGAUGCCAUAUGUAUAUCAACAACAACAAGUUAUUUUGUCUAGUAAUUCAUUACACCCACAAGUCAGAGCAUUGCCUUUGGAACCACCCACUAGUAAUUCCGAAAUUCAACCAGAAGCAGUUGUUCCUGAAACUCAUAAUGACAAAGAGAAUAAUAGUGAGGCAAGAAAAGAGAGUAUUGAUUUAACUGUAAAAGAAGCAGUAAAUGAACCUAUCUCACAAGUACUAACCAAAGAAGAUAUUGAGGGUUUACAUCAUGAACUUGACAUCAAAACUAUAAAACACUUUGAAGAAGAUCAAUCACAAGCAAACGAUAUACCUCCAGAGGAAUUUCAGGAAGUGGAAAGUGGAAGUGAGGAAGAAUGUAAUCAAGAAUCCGAAAAUCUAGAUAGAGAAGAUCUUGGAGAAGCUUUCAAUUCUUCCAAUCAUACAGAUUGGAAGACCGAUUCAGAAUUGAGUAAAGCUUGUCAAACACAAAAUGGAAUUAGCACUUCUCCUGAGCCCCAGAUUGAAACAGGAACACAACAACCAAGCUAUGUGAAUCAACUUGAAUAUUUCUAUCCUCCAAAUAAUGAUUAUCCUGAAAACUUCCAUCAUGAAGAAAGCAAUAAUGUAUCUAUGCCAUUUACUACCAACCAAAAAGAAAGUUAUGAGCAAUCUGAACCUAUUUAUACUUCUGCAAAUAUAUUACAUGGAAAUGACAUUGAUUUUGUUAAUUUGGAAGAUAUUGUCUUGAUAGGUGAUUUUACUACUAAUGGAGUAGCUUCUCAAGUCGAGCAUUUUGAACAUACAAUACAAGAUAGACCCGGAGUAUUGAUGACCAUAGGUGACAUUCCAGAGCCGCAGAAAGUUGAGUAUCAAGAGCAUAGAGACUUUGAAGAAAGCAUGUCAAGAGGAAGUUCCCAUGUUAAUAUAAGAGCUGAUGAAAAAAUGCCAGCUAGAGGUGAACUAUCAGGACAAGAAAGUAUAGGAGGUAAUAGUGAUAUAACUUGGAAUAGAUUGCAGUAUCAAGAGGGAAGUUCUCGUAUGUCCCAUUCCUAUGAAAUGAUAGGAAGAGAAACUUGGGAACAAUCAGAGAGUGAAAGUGUAUAUAAUACUAUGGUAAAGAGGCAAAAUUCAACACAAGUAUCUUGUGAACACAAUGAUUAUGAUAAUGAUGUUCCAACAAUAAUAAGUUACAUUGGUCCAAGUUUGAAUUUCAAAUGUUCUACUUGUGGUGAAAGUUUUGAAUCUUCUAAAGACAGAAGUCAGCACGAAUCAGAAAAGCAUCCAGAGAAAGCAAGGAAGAAUAAAAUAGGAAGUGAAAUUGGUAAAAAGUCUGUGAAAAAGUUGAUCAUCAAACCUAAAACUGAAAAGCCUAAAGAAGAACCUAAUUUUGAUAAUGUAUUUACCAACAAAUUUAAACAGGAGAAUCCUACUGAAACCCAGACUGAUAUAGUUGCUUUAGAAUCCACAGUUAAAAUCGACGAUGAGCCACUGCAACUUCCAAAAAUUAAAACCUUAUGUUCAUUAUGUGAUUGUGUAUUUGAUAAUGUGAAAAGUCUCAGACAGCAUCGGUUAGAGGUUCAUAAAGAUCAUACUGGAAUUAGGCAUAAAUGUCUUACUUGUGGAGAAUAUUUCCCUACUGAGUAUACAUAUACGGAUCAUUUGAAGAUACAUCCAUUGGAAUGUAGGCUCUGUGGGAAAUUAUUUUACCGAAGACACAAUAUGAAGUUACAUAUGAAGAGACAUUUGGGCUUGAAGCCAUACAAGUGUGACUUGUGCGAUAAAUCGUUUGUUACCAGACAGAAGCAUGAUGAGCACAAGAACGUUCAUACGGGUGAUGCUCCAAUAAAAUGCAACCUUUGUGACGAAAAAUUCAGAAGACAUUCCAAUUUGGUCCAGCACCGCAACCGACAUCACUUCCAACUAAAGAAGAAAGUCAAAGAUUACAUCUGUCAUUGCGGUGAAAUUUUCCACUCUAAGAAAAAACUGGCCUGGCACAAGGAAAUCCACGAUCCAAAGCCGAAAGCGUGUAGCCAAUGCAAUGAGAAGUUCCUACACAUGUCAAGUCUAACUAGGCAUAUGCGACGAGCCCACAACGACAAGUUUCUUCCUGAAGAAAAUAGACAGAACGAAAAUGUAGAAUGCCCAAUUUGUAAGGGAGUUUAUUUGAAGUCUUCUCUGGAUGUACAUAUAAAGAAUCACAGCGGGACUAGACCUUACACGUGUUUAAUGUGUAACAAAGACUUUACGACAAAGUGGAAUCUCAAGUUGCAUAAAUGGACGCAUGCUAGUAGGACGACGAAACCGUACAAGUGCGAUCAAUGUAAAGGAGCUUUUAUAAGGGAAUCCGAUUACAUAGCUCACAUGAAUUCGCAUAAAAGUGUACGACCCUACACUUGUAAUUAUUGCGGAGCCCAAUUUAUUAGAAAAUAUAACUGUCUUCGACACGUUAAGGAACACGAGAAUGAUAAGACAUUUAGUUGUACAGUAUGUGGUAAGUCGUUUCACCGAUCGUAUUAUCUAAAAGAUCAUAUGCGUGUACAUAGCGGUGUUAGACCAUAUACAUGUCAUAUAUGCGGAAAAACUAGUAGUACUAAGUCUAAUCAUAACAAACACGUACAAAUUCAUCAUGCGCGAGAACCUGUUAGUACAGAAAAUUAAUUCGGGGGUAACUUUACACAAAUGUUAUUUCAGAUGAGUCCUUUUUAAAGUUUGUAUUUUAAUAUCAUUAACGUAUUUAAUUUUUUAUCUGACUAAAGUAUAAAAUACUCUAUUGGAAACUGAUGGAUUUUUAACUUGAAUAAUCAAAAGAUUCUAUAAAUUUAUCCCUUUAUCAAAUUUUUAUUUGUUCAUUAAUAAUAAUUGAUGAACAAAGUUAUGAUAGUCAUUUCUUCGUUCCUAUUCCAGGAAUUGGUUUAAAUAAAUUUAUUUUAAAUGGUACAUUACAUCAUAAGAGAUCUAUUAGUCUAAAAUAAUACGGGAAACUGUUGAUGUAUCAUUGAAAGUCUUUUUAAUUGUUAUUGGGCUCAUCUUAUGAAUGUUUUAAACCAAUAUCUCGCAUAUGAACAAAUAAUCAUAAAGGUAAAUAGUAAAUAUGUGAUUCUGUGUUAAUAUUUAGUUAAUAAGUUGAGUUUAAGGUUUUAUUUUUGAUUAUUAUAUUCAUAUGAUGAAAUUUUUAUUUUUCAAUAGGAAAAGACAUAAGUUGAUAGAUAUUUUACUAUUUUUUUAAAACUACGAAAUAUCUAAGAUUCCUGGUAUCAUAUCUAACUAUGAAAUAAAAUUUAAUUACAAACAUAUUUUGUAGGUAUGGAACAUAUUACAUGGAAAUUUUAUUUUAUUUAUAUAUAUUUAUUUAUUAAAAAUUCCAUAUUGAGUUUGUUGGUUCUCGGGAAUUUUCCAAUAUAAAUUUUGUAAUGAAAAUUCAUAGACAUUAAUAACAUUCAAAAUCGUAAAUAGUUUUUUUAUUGCCACCUAUACAUUUUAUUUAAUUCACUAUAAAUAUUUUAACAAACAUCAUUCUUAUGUCUAUUUCCUGAUCAAAUUUUAACGCACGUUGUUCAAAAUUCGACUUUUUUACCUUCAAUUAAAAAAAAUGGCAAAUAUUUUAGAUGGGGUAUUUUUUUUAAAAUGAUAUUCUACUAUUUAAUAACAUUUUCUGAAAUUAGAUUAUUUCUUAUGGAAAAGUUUAUAUUAUUCAUUUAUACUUCAAAAUGAUUUCACACCAUCAGAAAAAUUCAAGACAAAAUUCGUUAUUUGCUUAAAACUUUUAAUGAAGGAACUAUUUGUUGUCGUCUAGUAUUUACCUGAUAUAUAGUUUUUUUUUUAAAUUCACCAAAAACUUCUCCUGAAGAGUAUAAUGCAGAAUGCAGCUAUUGCAAAAGGUUUCCUACAAAUACAAGUGGCACAGCUAUGGCUUUCUAGAACAUUAAGGUUACAGGAAGAAAUCAAAGAAGACCAGCGUCGAGCACUAAGAUAGAAGCUUCUUUCAAGAUUUCACUAUCAACCAUAAAUAAGCAAUGAAAUGGUGAGAAGACCUAAGCAGCAGGAUAUAUGUUAACUCAUUAAGCUCAUCAAAGAUCAUUACUAUAGUUUGCUAAGUAAUAUUUGAACUAGGAGGACUAUCAAUGAUCGAAAUGUAAACUUCUCAGUGAACUCAGACUUUGUUUACUUGUUAAUGAAUGACGUGUCCCAGUAUACAGAGGAGCAAACGAAGCAAUCCAGGUAUAAAAGGACCAUAUAGACGUGGCGUUCAUUAAAAGAGAUCGUCUUAAUGCUCACUGAUAUAUUGUUGAUGUAUUAGAACCACAAGUCACUUCCUAUAGGAGACAUUUUUUUCUUACAUGACAAUGCUCGACUGGAAUUUCCUUGAAGAAUCAAAGCAAUAGUACGGCCAGUAUUAGGCCUGGUUUUAAUUUAAUAGAGCCUCAUUGGAAUAUAAUUG